CUGUCUGUCUGUCUAUCCGUCCCCGUCCACUGCCUCUGUCCGUCCCGUCCACCCCUCUGUCUGUCUGUCUGUCUAUCCGUCCCCGUCCACUGCCUCUGUCCGUCCGUCCCGUCCACUGCCUCUGUCAGUCUAUCCGUCCCCGUCCACUGCCUCUGUCUGUCCCCGUCCACUGCCUCUGUCUGUCCGUCCCGUCCACUGCCUCUGUCCGUCCCCGUCCACCCCUCUGUCUGUCUGUCUAUCCAUCCCCAUCCACUGCCUCUGUCUGUCUGUCUAUCCAUCCCCGUCCACUGCCUCUGUCUGUCUGUCUGUCUGUCUGUUUAUCCGUCCCAGUCCACUGCCUCUGUCUGUCUAUCCCCAUCCACCCCCUCUGUCUGUCUGUCUGUCUAUCUGUCCCCUGCCUCUGUCUAUCCCCGUCCACAUCUAUCUGUCUAUCUAUCCAUCCCCAGCCACCCCCUCUGUCUGUCUAUCUCUUUAUGCAAAAAAAGCCUAGUCUGGAAGGGGGCUAUUUUUGGCCACACCAUAUUUUUCUGGAUUUUGACCUUUGCCAACUGGUUUUUGGAUGUUGUGACUCUUGGUUCCGGUGUCGUUUGCCAUCUGGCCGGCUCAGCGCCUGCGUGAUUCGGGGCAUGGUGCAAACCUCUGGGAUUGGGGGAGAUGCCGAAGCAAAUGACUGGGUUUGAAUGUUGAGGUUGUGGGGGGCGUAUCUCAAUUUUCUUGGAAGUUGCAAAAAAAAAUUAACUGUGUGUGUGAGAGAGAGCAACUUUUUCUGCACUUUAAAGUUGGCACCGUUUUUUCUGUGGAUUAAAAGAAUUCUGGAUUUCUGCAUUUGCCUAACUUCUGGAAUUUUUGAUGCAUUCAUUAGCAAAAUUUCUCAGCAGAUUCCAUCGCAAGAUAAUGACUUUUUCUAGCUUUGGGUAGACAGUUUGCAACAUUUCUGGAGUUGUGAACAUGCACCGUUUCUGUGGAAGGAGAUUCAGGAUAUAAGGACGUGGUUUUGAUGACGUUUCUGGAUUUUUUUGAGAGUUAAGAUUAUUUUUUUCUUUCAUUGUGGGGAAAAAGAUUUGCAGGGAGUCUGUGAUUUUUCUGGAGAUUUGAACUUGUUAAAAAACUGGCUUUGGGGGACAUUUUGCAACAUUGCUGGAUCUUGGAAUGUGCAAAAAAAGGUGUAUUUUGAGGGAAAUUUCAUGGCAUUCCUGGAUAUCUGAACUUGCUAAAAAAAAAAGGGGAAAUUUUGAGCUCACUGAAAAAUCAUCUUGAUUUGGGGACGUUUGCAAAAACGGCUGUUGACGUUUGCAAGAAUUCUGGAGUUUGGAAUGAGGCCACAUUUCUGGCUCCUUCAGCUCACAAAAAUGGUCUAGAUUUGGGGGAAAGGUCGGAAGAUUUCUACACGGUUGCAAGAUUGUUUUGCAAAAAUUGUCUGGAUUUUUCACUGGCAAGAUUACGCAAAGGUUUGCAAACUUUCCUGGAUUGCCGGGGCUGCAAAACCCCGCUCUUAGCUACUGUGAGCUUUGGGGAGGACCCUCUGGAAAUGCCUGCCCUUUGCUUUCUGGUUGCAACGCAGUCCUGUUCUUGCAAAAUCGGAUUCUGUCCUAACUUGUUGAACCCCCUUGCAUGCCUCGCUCCACGCGCCAUGAAAGCAGCCAGGCCUGUCUGCAUGUGCCUGUGCUCGCUGGAUGUAUUUUGCUGACCAAAGAAGCUGUUUGCAGAGCAGAAAAGACUCCUCGAGUCUCUGGAAAAUGACUGGGAUUCUGCUCUUCUGCGGCUGGACUUUGUGAAAAGAGUCGGGUUCGGAUCCGAGGGGAAACUCAACGGAUUUGCUGAGUUGGCUGGAAACUACAUAGGCCAAAAAUCUUGGGCCUGUUUGGUUGGUUGGUUGGUCUCCAAAGCUCAUGGAAGAAAGAAUGAGGGAACUCUAAGGAACUGGGACACUUUUUAAUGACAAAAGUUUACAAGAAAAUUGUGAUUCUCUCUCUCUCUCUCUCUCUCCAUCCCCAUAUCCCCCCCCCCCCAUCCACAGCAGAAAGAACUAAACAAAUCUGUAAACUCCAACAUCCUUUAAUCUAGGCCUUAAUUUACGCUUCAGCGGAAGCCGGGACUGUGCCUGUUCAUUUCACUCUUUUCUUCAUUAUUCACCCCCUUCCUUUACCAUUUCCCAAGUUCUGUCCCUUGCUUUCUCCUCCCGCCCCCCCUCCCUCCUCUCCUUCCUUCCGCUCUGCCCACACCAGACCCCUCCCCAGAGGAACCAUGUCUGUAAGUAGAUGGAAGCUGGGGUUACAGCCUCCCCGUUUUCACCCUGACCCCGCAAUGGGUUGGCUGGGAAUUUGGAGGGGGUGGGGGGGCUUGUCCCUGCCACCCUGACUGGGAGGAAUGAGCCCUGUACUGGGGGAUACUGGUCUGCCACCGAGCAGCACUGGGAGUACUGGUCCCUCUGUCCCCAGGCCUAGCCAACACUGGGGGUCCCCGGCCUCUCUCCCGGCCGGCCCUGGGGGUCCCCGGCCUCUCUCCCAGCCGGCCCUGGGGAUUCACUGCUCCCUCUGCCCCCAGGCUCAGCUGGCCCGAGCGCUGUUCGACAACGUGGCCGAGUGCCCGGAGGAACUCUCCUUCCGCCGGGGGGACCUGAUGCUGGUGCUGCAGCCCAAGGUGCCUGGCCUGGCCGGCUGGCACCUCUGUUCGCUGCACGGGCAGCAGGGCAUCGUCCCAGCCAACCGCGUCUGCGUCCUGCCCGAGCCGGGGCCCCCCGACCUCUCGCCGGCGCCCCGCAAGGAGAGCGCACCACCUGUCCUCUACAAGCCGCCCCAGGGCCAGAGGAGCAGCAGCGCAGGGCAGAAGGAGGAGCAGCAGGAGGUGUAUGUGGUGCCCCCACCCACCCGGCCAUGCCUGACCCCCUGUGAUGAUAUCUACAAGGUGCCCCGUGCCACCCGGAGAGACAGCGACCCCAGCGAGGUCUACGAUGUCCCCUGCUCCCUCCUGCGGGACGCCCCCCUCUCCGACACCUAUGACACCCCCUCGCCCUUCCCCAAGCAGGCGGCAGAGCUGGACGCUGACCCCUACAAUGUGCCCCCCCCGGCCAAGCCGCCCCCGGUCCAGGAGGAGGAGGAGGAGGAGGGACGGGGGGAAGAAGCAGCCCCCGUCUACGCCGCCCCCUCCAACCUGCGCCGGGCGUCCGCCCUGCUCAACCUGUACGAGUCGCCGGAGGAGCUGCUAGGGGGGGAGUACGACCUGCCGGGGCCCCCCACGCCGGAGGCGGCCCUGGGGGGGCUGAGCCUGGGCGAGGUGGGGGGGGUGGGCAGGCGCCCCCGGCUGCCCUCGGCCGAGAGCCUCUCACGCCGCCCCCUGCCCGCCCUGCCCUCGCCCAGCCCCCGCAAGGGCAGCAUCCAGGACCGGCCCCUGCCCCCACCCCCGCCCCGCCUGGGGGGGCUGGCAGGGGGGCCGGACGAGGGGGCGGGGGAUGGGCACAGCGAGUACGAGGGGAUCCGACUGGCGGAGGAAUACGACUACGUCCACCUCAAGGGGACAGACAGGCUCCAGCCCCCGGCUACAGACUGUGACCCCCCAGAGGAGGCAACCAGCCCCCGACCCCAACCAGAGACCCCUCUUUUGCUGGAGGAGGAGGAGGUGCCGCCCAGCGCCGAGGAUGCCCAGCUGCUGCAGUUCUAUGCGGGCCAGUGCCGGACACACUACGCCACCCUCCUGGCAGCCACGGAGGCCCUGCUGGCCAGCGCCGGGGCCAACCAGCCGCCGGGCGUCUUCGUGCCGCAUGGGCGCUUCGUGCUGGUCACGGCGCACAAGCUGGUCUUCGUGGGCGACACGCUGGCGCGCCAGGCGGCCUCGGCCCCCGUGCGGGCCCGGGUUGGGGCAGCCGCCGGCGCCCUGUGCCAGGCCCUCAAGGGGGCGGUGCUGUCGGUCAAGGGGGCGGCGCUGAGCUACCCCUCCGCCCCUGCCGCCCGCCUGCUCCAGGAGCGCCUGGCCGAGCUCUCCCGGCGGGCGCAGGGCUUCACCAGCCUGCUCAGCACCCUGGCCCCCUCCUGACCCCCAGGACCAUUGACCUCUGGCCCCAAAGGCCCAGUUGUGACGGCAGCCCGAGGCUCUCCCACAGCCAACGGCCCAUUGCAAUCUCUGACCCCUGGCUCGUUCCCCCUAAGCCAAUGACUCCAUGCGCCCUGGCCGUGACCUUUGCCCCUCUGUGACCUGGGAGCCCCCUUACCGCCACUCUUGACCCCACCCGAGGGCUUCCCCUCCUGGCCUGCCCCCCAACCAGAAAGCCCCUUGACCUGUGACCUCUGCCCCAGUCCAGUUCCCGCCCCCAAAGCCCUGACCCUCUUCAUAUGGGGGAAUCUUCGUAUUAUUUAUAUUUCAGGGUCUGGACACAUGGAGGGUGGAUGGGCCUCACCCCCCAACCCCGGGGGCCCCAAAGUUGCUGGGGGGGGGGGGGUCAGGGCAAUGCCAAAGACUUGACUGCGGUUGGGCAGCAGCAGAGGAACCCCCCCCACACACACACACACACCUGGAGACGGGCCGCAUUAGCGGGGGGGGGGGGGGUCAGCCAACACCAGCAUGGAGCAGAGGCUCAUGGGAGAAUGGCCAAGGCAAGAGGGAGCAGAGGAGUCUGGGUAAAGCCCAGCAAACCCGAGCUGCUAAGAACCGAGGAGUCCCCAGCCCCUGGCACCUCCCUUGGCGGCUUUGCUGGUGCCCCUCACGCCCGACCCGCAGCCCCUCCCCAGGGAGCCCGGGGGCCACCUGCUCUCUCAGGAAAGAUUUUUUCUAUGUUUGUAAAUAAUAAAUCAAUGAA